AUGUGCCUUUAUAAUCAGACAUCAAUCACUCAGUUUCUACUUAUUGGAUUCCAGAGUCUUAAUAACUACAAGAUUUUACUUUUUGUACUUUUCCUCAUAAUUUACAUUGUGAUAUUAAGUGAGAAUAUUGUAAUCAUCCUACUUAUUUCUAUCAGCAAACAUCUCAAGCAUCCGAUGUAUUUUUUCCUUAAGAAUCUUGCCUUUGCUGACCUUCUAUCCACCUCAAAUAUUAUACCAAACGGUCUAAACAUUAUAUUGAAAAAAGGAGAAAACAUUUCCACAACUGCCUGCAUUUUUCAGUAUUAUUUUCAUUGUUUUUCUGGGUUUUCUCAAUCGCUCAUUCUCAUGGUAAUGUCCUUUGACAGAUAUCUGGCAAUAUGCAAUCCGUUACGUUAUGCUGCUAUUAUGAAUGUUAAGCAGUGUUUAUAUUUGGUCUCUCUGUCUUGGUUUGGAUCAUUUAUUCUUAUUUCCACUGAAAUCAUUUUGAUGUAUCAAUUGAAGUUCUGUGACUCAAAUAUCAUUAACCAUUUCUUUUGUGACUUUGCUCCUAUCAUUGAACUUUCAGCCUCUGACACAUUUUUACUAUCAUGGUUUGACUUUGUUUUAUCCUUAUGUCUAAUAUUUUUCCCUUUUAUAUUUGUUACUGUAUCCUACAUUUAUAUAUUCAUCACCAUCUUCAAGAUUUCCUCUUCCACUGGAAAGCAAAAAGCCUUCUCCACUUGCAGCUCUCACCUAGCUGUUGUCUGCACAUUUUAUGGGACUCUAGUUGCUGUGUAUUUGUUACCAUCUGGAGAACAGUCAUUGAUUGAUAACAAAUUUAAAUCUUUAGUUUACAUUGUGCUCACCCCAAUGGUCAAUCCAAUUAUAUACUGUUUGAGAAGUAAAGAGAUCAUGGGAGUAUUGAUAAAAAUCAUGGGGAAAAAAAUGAAAAUAAAUGAGAAUCUGCAGACAAUAUAA